AGUGAGAGAGAGGGAGAGAGUGGCCAAUACAUGGCUGUAUAGUAUUGGAAUUUAGCGGACUGUACAGUAGAAAUCAUUUCAAAAACACUAUUGGUGUGCUGUCAUACAGUAGUCACAUAUCCAUGUUUAAAUUAGCUAUCUGUGCUUUUAUAACCAGGAUUUUAUAUCACUGAUAGGUUACAGCAAGUUUUAAAAAAAGGUUCAAGAAGACAAAAAAAAAAGAAAAAUUGAAAGUCUGCAGAGAGGUUUAACACACCUUAAAGUAUAUUCUACAGUCAUACUUGCAAAUUUUGGAUGAGUGCAACAAACUUAAACAUUAUAGGACAAAAAGGUUGUCUUUUUUGAGAUGUGGGACAACAAGUUAUCAUUAACAAUAAAGAAAGCAAAUACUUGGAAUCAUCUUUAAAGUUACUUUCAACUGCUGAAAUUGUAUAUCUAUACCUGAAAUAUCAAUGUCAAAUAUCAUUCAUUUUUACUGCUGUUUUUUUCGGACCUCCAAGAAUUCUGCUUCCAAGAUUAGGACCAAUCAGAAUUGACAUUUCUUGCCAAGAGUAACUGAUUACUGUUUGUUUAUUAAAGAAAAAGAGCAAAUUAUUAGCAAAGUGAUUUAAGAUAAGUCUUGGUUUAUAACAUUUUGUCUAGAAUGUCUAGUAAAACAAUGAGUGCCCUUGUGGACAAGUAGCUGAUUUGUCAAAGCAAUAUUAUUAACAGGGAAAAAACCAAUUAGCCUGUCGUGAUUUGAUAACAUUGCUUGUUGCCUAAAAAGGAAAGAUUUGUCGUCUUCGAAAUCAACAUUUAUAUGUUUUAUGAACAAGUCAGCAAAAAAUAUCUCCGGCAAUGAUUUUGAAAAGAUUUAUGUUUUAAGUGUGAAAACAAGACAAACAUUUUACGAUGGUUGAAGGAUACUCUGAGGAAUAUAUUAAAUCAUUGGGCAUAUCUUUUUCUUUUAAUUUAUCUUCUUUCUUAGCAGAAAGUGAUAACACAUCACAAACAAAUGACACUCUUUCAGAAGACGACAAAAUAAAAUAUGAGAAAGCCCUGCUGAAUUAUUAUUUAAUGGGAAUAGCAGGGAGCACAGUAUGUUUUAUUGGGAUAAUUUGUAAUAUAUUAUCCGUUAUUGUUCUAACACGACGUGUAAUGAACUCGUCUACCUACUCCUAUCUAGCAGCUCUUGCUGUUUGCGACACUCUUGCUUUACUUCUAACAGUCACCCUAUAUCUACUGAGUGAAGACACAACAUACCCACAACCAGGUAAAAUAAGUUGGGGAAAAACUGCAUAUGCAAUGUUAUUUCCUUAUUUACACCCAUCAGCAGUAACAUUUCAAGUAACAUCAGUUUGGCUCACUCUAGCGUUUACAGUAGACAGAUAUAUCAUGAUAUGUCAUCCAUUCAAAGCAGAGAGUAUGUGUAGUGUUGGAAAAGCAAGGAAGGUAAUAGUUGGCGUUUACGUAUUCGGAAUUCUGUUCAACAUUCCCCGAUAUUUAGAGUAUACAACUCGGGAAAUGGUAAUUCCUUCCUUGGACGGAGGAAAUGUAACUCGGCUUGUCAUAGAAUAUACUUCAAUUGGACGAAGUCAAACAUUUAUGGAUCUUGUUCACUCCUAUUUAUAUUUAACUUUUGUGUGCGGAAUUCCAUUUUUCACUCUAGCAAUUCUUAAUACUUUUUUAAUGCAUGCUGUUCAUAUGUCUAAGCAGCAUGGACGUCUGAUAAAUGCGAAGGAAAAAAGAAGAAAUGACACAACAGUGAUGUUGAUUGGUGUUAUAGUAAUAUUUCUAGUUUGUCAAGGACCAGCCUUGAUUUCCAGAAUGGUGUACGCAAUUGAUUUCAAUAGGGCAACUGGUUCCAUGACAUUUCAUAAGAUUAAUGAAGUAGGAAAUUUCUUAAUCAUUGUCAACUCUGCAAUAAAUAUUGUGCCAUACUACUUUUUUGGAAAACGCUUCCGCAGAGAGUUUUGGAGACUGUUUUGCAAAUGCUUUUUAACAAACCAGGAACUGCAAAAGAUAAAACGCAACUAUAGUUUUUCUAUAGAUAACAAUAGGAGAAGAAUAAGUCAAUGUAGUGGAGCAAGUCAGUAUGAAAUGAAUGGUUUUCAGCAGCUCAAUAAGGACAAUGAAAAGACAAAACUUCAUAGAGACAGUGCCUCACCUUUGUUACUUCAUCUAGAAAAGGUUCAUCGUGACUCAGUUCAAACAAUGGACACAAUUGAUAUGAAUGAUCGACUGUCUCCAAGCUCAUUUGAAUCGUACAGGAAAGAAAGUCCAACUCCUAAACCAAGAGUUAGAAAGGAAAGCCCUAACUCGUUAAGGGUUGUUUGGGAAAUGGACACAAACAAGAAUGAAAAAUGCAACGUGAUGUUAGACAAUUCUGAUACAGAAAACACACGGGAAUUGUGAUAUGAUGUUAUUUUUGUUAUAAGUAUUGUAGCAUCUAAAAGUAAGGCAUGAUAUUUCUCAGUGAAUCAGUAUCUGAUAAUUAAAUACAUGUAUGAAUACUGUAACAAUAUUGUCAGUCACUUUUAAACCAAUGUAAAGGUUCAGUUACUUUAAUAUAUUGUGUGUUCUUUAAAGUGUUAAAAUUUGGAAUUAAAAGCUUGCAUUGACUCAUUUUGUGUUAUUGGGAAAAUAGCUUUUCCUAAUCAUUUUAAUUAACAUCAUUAUUUAUAUUAUACAUGCUAUGCUUUCUAUAUAUUACUAUCUUCCAUAUUUCUUUAUUUUAACAUAACAAUUGUAAACAUUUUGAAUAAACUAUUUUACCUUUUA